AUGUCAAGAACAAUGUCCUCCUUACGGGCCUGUCGUCAAAGUCGGAAACCACAACCAUGCUUUAAUUCAUCUGCGUCGACUUCUACCAGAAUAUUGAUGGAAGCGAUGAACCCUCAACAAAUCAAAAUUACUGAAGGGAAACAAAUACGAAGGAUCACGAAUCAAUUUCAACCAACUUCAUCUCACCAUGCUCAUCAGCAACUGAUUCCGAGAAGUUUCCAUUCCUAUUCCUAUUCCUAUUCAUCUCUCAAGCCUUCGCCAACAUCAUCAACACCACUGAGUAGAAUGAACUUGGAAUCUGCAGCUUCAGCAAUUAUCAUACCGAAGCGAAUUGUGCUACCAUCAUCGUCCUCAUCAUCAUCAUCAUCAUCAAGGCACAACGAUGACAGGUGUUCUUAUAUCAAUCCUUGGGAUACAUCCGAUGAGUCAACAUUGCCACCCAUUGACUACGACAUUCGAUUGGAUCGCCAGACUCGUUUCUUGCUUCAAUUGCUCAAGGAAAAGAGGAUGCAUGGACUGCGGAAUCCUCGAUUUCAUCGCAAGUCCGUUCCGGAAACUCUGACUACCGAAAAGUGUCAUUACUGGCUGCAACAACUUGCUGCUACUACUGCUGCUGCUACCGAAUCCAAUAACAAUGUCGGUAUAUCUACGUUGAGUGAUCAGUGUUGGCAGCGAGCGGAACGGGCACGAUUGAUACUGGAGCACAUGGAAGCCAUUGCGGAUGACUUUCGGCAAUCUUGUCACCGUCGAAACCAAAGACAGGAUGAUGCUGAAGCAGCAACUUGGCAUAUGAAUGGGAUGCACAGAGAAAAUCGAUCAUCUCUUUCACCAUUGACCGAAUCAUCAAGGACCCUGCCACUUCCAACCUCCGAAACAUACAUGCUGGUGCUCAAGCUAUACGCUACCAAGUAUUUGCAUGGUGAAGUAUCAGUACCAGAAACUUGUCGCGCCAUUGUGGAGCGUAUGCAGCAGAAUGCUCUAGUAACUUUUGACGCUGAUGUCAAGGAAGGAGAAGAAGACGGACAAAUUACAGGAAAGACGAGUCAGAAAACUGCCAAUCAAGGGCACAUCGUGUCGUCUCUUUCUCCGGUACCGACUACCCAACAUUGGAACCAAGUAAUCAUUGCCUGGGCAAAUUCUAUGGAUCCGAAGCGCCCUAUUCAUGCCGCACAAAUUGCACAUGCAUUGGACGAGCAAGGCAUGGCGGAUGCCUCAACCUUCUCCCAUGCACUCCGGGCUUGUGUCAGUUUGGAUUCGAGACAACAGGUGGCGACACCUGAAUUUAUUCAACUAGCACUGCCAGUCGCACAAAAGUUACAGAAUGGACUAUUGGCACGGCAGCUACAAAACCGAGAGGACCCAAAAAAGGUUCCAUUGGAAGCCUUUCACAUUGUCCACUUGCUUCGUGUGGCAAGGAAUCUACUGCCGUCACGAAAAGAACAACAAGAGCUACGAAAUGAAAUGAUUCGGAAUACUUGGCAAAUGGCGACGAGUCUUCAAAAGAUCAAUGUGCACGUGGUGCAAGAAUUGUUACAAGUGGCGAGUCCAGGACUGGUGCACGAAUUGAUCCAAUCGGAGAAAGGCGACGCGAAGUCCAUCAGUGCCGAAAUUAUGAAAGACCCAUUGCAGCUCAUUCAAGUGCUGCCAACGGAAUGGAUAGAUCAUUCUACUCCCGAUCAAGAUCCAUAUCAAUGGUAA